UAGAGAUACUUUCUCCCUGAGGAUUUCUCUCUGGCUCACAUUUAUCAUUCUCAAUUGACUCCAAAAAGGUAUGAGCAGCAGCGGGACAAUCUCUCCCAACAGUCAUUUAACAUGGAACAAGCCAAUUACACCAUCCAGUCGUUGAAGGACACCAAGACCACGGUUGAUGCUAUGAAACUGGGAGUAAAAGAAAUGAAGAAAGCAUACAAGCAAGUGAAAAUCGACCAGAUUGAGGAUCUACAAGACCAGCUGGAGGAUAUGAUGGAAGACGCAAAUGAAAUCCAAGAAGCACUGAGUCGUAGUUAUGGCACCCCAGAGUUAGAUGAAGAUGACCUAGAAGCAGAACUGGAUGCACUGGGUGAUGAGCUUCUGGCUGAUGAAGACAGCUCAUAUUUGGAUGAAGCAGCAUCUGCACCUGCAAUUCCUGAAGGUGUGCCCACUGACACAAAGAAUAAGGAUGGAGUGUUGGUGGAUGAAUUUGGUUUGCCACAGAUCCCUGCUUCGUAGACUUCCGUCAUUCAAGUACGUCAUGUAAAAUGAACAUGUAUUCUGGGAACUGGGAAAUAUCUUUCCAAAUUUACCAUAACAGAUUUAGGUUUCUUUCCUUUCUUUGAAGGAAAAGUUAAUUACAUUGCUCUUUUUUUUUUUUCUGUUAAGAGACUCAUUGCCGGGGGAUGCUUUCUUUGUACUAAAUUCUGAUUCCUUUCCUCUUAUGAAAGACUAACUUAAAAAUAUCAUGGCUAUGUAAGACUUGUUUUUAUUCAUUAAUAAUUUGAAAUAAAAUGAAGGAAAUGGGAAUCUUUAAAUUCUAUGAAAAUGUAACUCCACAACCUCAAAAUGACCGGAUGUAAUGAUAAAACGAGAUUAUUGGGACUGUUUAUAUUAUGAUUCAAAACCAUUAUCUAUUGUAGCGUUGUGUGUUGGUUAAAAUGAUCGCCUUUUUUUGAUGGGUUUUGUUGUGUCUUGUGAGCAAGUCAUUACUGUGUCCAAUGUUGGAAUGGAAUUCUCACUACUUCAUGAGUGGGUAUUUUGAUUCUGUGGUUCCUUUAGUAUUACAGCCUGACUUGUAACCAAUAAUGAAUAUUUCUUGAUAUUUAAUGUAUAGGACAUUUAUUUAUACUUAAUAAAUAUUUUUCAAAAG